AUAGUUUUCUAUAUACAUAUUGUGUUUCUAACCGCAUACAUUCAAUAGUUAAUAUCUGGAUGAGAUGGAAGUAGCUUCAUAUUAAAAAGCUCUCAAAUUAUAAUAACAUCAACACCAUCCAAAACCAGUUAGUUAUCAUCCAAUACAAAAACGACUCCUAACGCUACUGCUGGCUAUAGUCAUGCUGUCUAGCGAUCAGGAUACCAACAACGCCAACUCUCAGCAGGAUGCAAGCGAACAACGAGGUUUUAUACGGCGGCCUGGGAUCAAUAUUGCGUCUAUUGUGGCUGGUCCGCCGUCGCAGGAUCCUCCACUUCAUGCUGAGCAGGAGGAACGAUACUGCUGGGUUUGCUUUGCCACAGAAGAGGAUGAUCGGUUAGCUCCUUGGGUUGAACCGUGCAAUUGUCGCGGUGCCACAAAGUGGGUUCAUCAGUCGUGCUUGCUGCGAUGGAUCGACGAAAAGCAAAAGGGCAAUCCUUUCAAAAACAUCAACUGUCCACAAUGCCAGACGGAGUACAUUAUCAUCCUGCCGUCUAUGGGUAGCUUUGCGGCGUUUCUUGAGCGUCUGGACACUUUCGCGAAACGCUUGAGUCCUUGUUUGGCUGCUGGUGUGAUUGCCUGUUCUGUCUACUGGUCGGCUCUGACGUUCGGUGCCGUGACGGUGUUGCAAUCGACAGGCUACGAGAAAGGUCUAUCAUUGCUGGGGGAAGCUGAACCGUACGCAUUAAUGCUAUGCCUACCCACGAUACCGGUUGCCCUUAUUCUCGGACGCAUGUUUCGUUGGGAAGAUAUUGUUCUACGGUUUUUGCAAAAACGCCAGUUUCGGGACCGUCAGUAUCCCAUUAUCUCGCUGAUACUGCCAGUGAACAACGAACCGACUCCUGGCAAUCCGUUACCGGCACCCCUUCCUCUUAGCACGAUCAACACUUCGGACCCACUCUCGGUGACUCGUAUCUUCUGCGGUGCGCUCAUCCUGCCAACUGUUUCGGCAAUCGUUGGUAACAUGUUUUUCUCGUCGGUGAAGAAUGACUUACGCCGCACCAUACUCGGUGGGUUCGCAUUCGUGGCGGUCAAAGGAGUUCUGAAGAUGUACUAUCACCAAAAAAAGUACAAUCGAGCCACUCGGCGCUACAUUCUGGAUUACACAACUGAAAACGUUCGGAAAUAUGUGGCGCGUACAAAUAAUCAUUCGACAGCGGUGGCUGCCGAACGGACGGUAGAACAGCAGCAACAGCAAGCAGAGCCACAAGAAAACGAGGAACGAGAAUCGCCAAUGAUGCCAUCGUCAACCGUGCCGAAUGCCACUGGCGCACCCUAACAUCGUGUGAUAUUUACGUGCAUCAAACGCUGCAGUUAGUUUACUUUUUCUUAAAUUUAUUGCACUGCAGUGGAUCGCCGAAAAUGAUAUGCAACUUUUGGUACUCUUUCCCAUUAACUGAAGUAAUGAUAUUGUUAACUAUUCUGUUAAUAAACAGGCAUUGAUUCAUAACUCUUUCCCUUAU